CCCUGCCUGGAGCUCGUCAUGAUGGAGCUACUGUGGCUGAGCGUCUUCCUCUCCGGCCAGAUCUCAGGUAUCUUUGGGGUUCCGGCGCUCUCCCAGAGCCCAGAAACCCUCCUGGUUCAGACUGACAAGCAGGCAAGGCUCAUCUGCGAUAUCAAAUUGCCCUCGAUUAAUUAUGGGAUCUACUGGUUCCGCCUGAUCGGCUCUCCCCACAGCGACAGUUUGAGUUACGAGUUUCUGCUCCAGUCGGAGGCGAGGGGCUCUUGCACCUACGGGAAGGGCGUCAAUUCAACGCAUGUCACCGCAUCGCGAGAAUCUUCCAAAUCCACGCUCCUGCUUCAGCGGGCGAAACCCUCGGACAGCGGCAUCUACAUCUGCACCAUCAUCACCAGCCCCUCCCUGCAGUCUGGCAGCGGAACCCGGGUCAAAGUGGUUGAUGCCUUGCCUACAACACCUACACCCACCAAAAAGACCACCACAAAGAGGAAAAUGUGCCCCAAAAAAUUCCCAGGUGCCACUCAACAAGAUGGUCCUUUCUGCAGUGUCCUGCUCCUCAGCCUGCUAGUGGGAUGUAUCCUGAUUUUGCUGAUCUCCCUAAUUGUGAUCCUCCGAAUGAACUACUUAUGGCAUCUGGCUCGCCAUCACUUUGUGAAACAGCUUCAAAGAUGAGUACCAAAAACAAAGAAGUUUUCCAAAUAACCUGCUGAAGAAAUACACUGGACUUUGCAUGAGCAGAAUUGGAAAAAUGAGGGCAUCAGAAUAGCGAUGAAACAUUGACAUUUUCCUAAGCCACUGGGGCUGCCCAUCGCCUGCCGGCUCUUGAGAGUUGGAUUAUGGGACAAAUACGUCUAUUGGUCAACAGUCACACAGCAUUCUCUCAAAACCUCAAGCACUCUCUGCAAUUUACCAAGAGAUGACAGAUUACAUGAAAAAAAAAAUGUAACACAUGACACAAACACCGUUUCCUGUUACUGAUGGAAAGAUUCAGACACCCUCUGGCCCAGGCCCUUUGAAACUCAUCGGCCAGUCGCCAUUUUGAGGUUUCUCGGCAAUGAAAUUGGAACCAUGUUUCCGAAACGUCUCUGCCAUGACCGCCUAACAAAAACGAGUUCACCUAAGAGGAAGAUGAAGGAGAGAACUUUCAGCAGGAGGGAAGGUGACAGAUUGUCCGACUUGUACAAAAGAAACAGAUGGCCUGGGCUCCCAGCAUUGGCUUCCAAGUACCAUGUCUUCGUGAUACAGUUGACUUUGUGCGUUAAUGGGGAGAAGUGUGUCCGCUCUUCUAAGUCUUGUCUUUGUUGUCUUCCCUUUUCUCAUCUCUGAAUGAAAGUGCCUUUGGUUUUUUGUUUGUGUUUAAAUAAAGUCAGAUGAAGUUGC